AUGGCCAAUCUGAACUAUGGCACCGAUGCGACAGCAACAACGACAGCAGUAACGACAGCAGCAACAACCCCGGACUCCCCACAAACGUCAAAAUCGGCGAUCGACAAUCAUCAAGAUGCCGUUCAUGACGAGGAAUCGCCUUUACUUCCCUCGACCCCUCCUGCAAACUCCCAAAUCACACCAUUAAAGGGAGUAUGGACUAUAAUCGCGGUGUUAUUGCUCGGCGAAUUUAUUUCCAACGCCGAUUCGACUCUAGUAAUCGCAGCUGCAGGUCGGAUCUCCUCGGAAUUUGAUCGAUUGCGCGAUGCGAGCUGGCUGUCAACGGGUUAUUCCUUGGGUCUUUGCGCCGCCCAGCCGAUGUACGGAAAACUGAGCGAUAUCUACGGUCGCAAACCGCUCCUCUUGAUCUCAUACUUCCUAUUUGCUUUCGGGUGCAUUAUCUGCGGCAUUGGUUCGGAAAUGUGGAUUGUCAUCUUAGGUCGUGCGAUCAGUGGCAUGGGCGGUGCAGGAACUAUGACAAUCAGCUCAGUCAUCAUCACAGACCUUGUCCCCAGGCGAGAUGUGGCUAGCUGGAGAGCCUAUGUGAAUAUUUCCAUGACCCUGGGCCGCAGCGUAGGAGGUCCAUUGGGCGGAUGGCUGAGUGAUACGAUCGGAUGGCGAUGGGCUUUCCUGAUCCAAGCCCCAUUUGUCGCAUUUGCUGCCUUUCUAGUUGUUAUCAAGCUCCAUAUUGAACAAAAGUCGUCGGAUGAUUCCACUAAAGAUGGCCAAUCAAAGCUCUCACAGGUCGACUUUCUGGGAGCCGGCUUAUUAGCGACAUCGAUUGUUUCUUUAAUCGGCCUAAUGGAUCAAGGCGGACAGUCGUUUUCCUGGAACUCAAUAUUCGCGGUUCUAUUAGGCUCCGGUGGUCUUCUGUUGCUCAUUGCAUUCAUUUUGGUGGAGGCAUAUGUGGCCAAAGACCCCAUUUUCAAUCUGCGAAUCCUCCGCCGACCCAAUGUUGCAAUAAGUUAUAUUCUGAGCACUCUCCAGGUAACCGCUCAAUUGAGCAUGUUAUUUGCAGUCCCCCUAUACUUCCAAGUAACACAGGGGGCAUCGACCACCAACGCAGGUAUUCACAUGGUCCCUGCAGUAGUUGGAAACACCAUCGGUGGCUUAUUAGCAGGGGCGUUCAUUCGAAAGACAGGUCAUUACCGACUUCUCCUCGUACUUUCCGGCUUGGUCGCAUCAAUCUCGUACGUCCUGCUUUAUCUGCGCUGGAACGGCCAUACAGGUCCAUGGGAAUCCCUGUAUAUUCUCCCAGGUGGGAUAGGCACUGGAAUGGCCGCUGCCUCUGCAUUCAUCGCAAUGACAGCUACACUGCGCCCAGAUGAAAUGGCAAUGGCCACAUCUGGAUACAUGUUAAUAAUUAGCUUUGCGAUGACAUCGGGUAUAACAAUGUCGAACUCAGUGCUUGGGACCGAAUUCCAGCGUCAACUUCGUCGCAAUCUUCAAGGCCCCGGCUCAGAAAGGGUGAUUAAACGUGCAAUGGCCGAUACAAACUAUAUCGCCCAUCUCGGAGGUCGUCUUCGUGAGAUUGUCGUGAGCUGUUACCUUGCUGGCCUCAAGCACACAUAUAUUGUUUCAUUGGCGUGCUCUUUAGGCGCUGCUGUCAUGGGAUUGUUCAUCCGGCAUCACCAGCUCUAA